CGGGGGCCGAUUAAAUUAACCGACGUGGUUCCGAACCAAGCAAUUCGCCAAUUCGUUUCCACCAGACCCUCAUCGUUGGUUUGUCUUCGUCCGUCGCCCGCUUCCAAGCCGUGAAAAGGAGAACACGAAGAGAUGGAUUCCUUCUUCCAAUCUCGAUCGCAGCCGUCGUUCGGCUCCAGUUGGAGCUACAAUUCGCUCAAGAAUCUCAGGCAUAUCCAACCCACCGUCCAAAACCACCUCAAGCUGGUUUUCUUGACGCUAUGUUGUGCCCUAGCUGCUUCAGCUGUUGGAGCCUAUCUCCACAUUUUGAUGAACAUAGGUGGCGUCAUAACCAUGCUUGGAUGCCUUGUAAGCAUCGUGUGGUUGUUGUCCACGCCCCCACAUGAAGAGAGGAAGAGGUUCGGCCUUCUGAUGGCAGCUUCUGUUCUUGAAGGCGCUUCUGUGGGUCCUCUGAUCGAGCUGGCUAUUGACUUUGACCCGAGCGUGCUAGUGACAGCAUUUGUUGGGACUGCAAUAGCAUUCGGAUGUUUCUCAGGGGCAGCAAUAGUGGCCAGGCGGGCGGAGUUUCUUUACUUGGGUGGUCUGUUAUCUUCUGGCGUUUCUAUCCUUCUGUGGUUGCAGUUGGCAGGAUCCAUUUUUGGACACAGUGUGGAGAUAUUGAAGGUUGAGCUUUACUUUGGGUUGUUGAUCUUCCUGGGAUACAUCGUCUUUGACACUCAAGAGAUUAUAGAGAGAGCUCACCUUGGGGAGUUGGACUACGUGAAACAUGCCCUGCAUCUCUUCACAGAUUUUGUUGCAGUUUUUGUUCGGAUUCUCAGCAUCAUGUUGAAAAAUGCAUCAGCGAAAUCUGAAGAUGAGAAGAAGAGAAAGAAGAGAUCGUAAAAUCCUGGUCAGAAGAAGUGGUGGCGUUCAUGAACUCUAGGGUCUAUAUUUAGGGUACUUGUGAUCCUGGCAAAGUACAGAAAAGUAGGAGAAUUAUAAUUUUAGUCCCUGGUGUGUCCUUGGACUUCUGGUUUGUUUUGUGCUUAUGAAGGAUACAGACAUGUGCCAAACUGGCAGUGACGAUUCUUGCGUUAUGUGCUCCUCUUUAUACCUCCUAUGCUUCUACUAAAGAUGAAACUAGGCUAUUAGUUGUC